CGGGGAUAGGCAAGUCAUCAACAAAAUAUUUCAAAUGAAUUUGCAAUCGAUUACAACAACAAAAACAACAUCACCUCGAAUAACUUACAAUUACAAAGAAGCUUACAAUUCUCCAUUGUUUUAGGUAAGCAGCCCGGUUAAAGGGGUGCAACUAAAUAAUCGAAAAAUCCAACCCUCCCACGGUACCUUCGGGAACGCUUUCUCUGUGGUGCCUCUGAACACAGUGAAUAAACUUAGCUAGUAGGAAACAGAGAUACUUUACAUAACUGUGUGAGCAUUGAAGAAGACGGGUUCUUCAGGUGAAACAUCGAAGCCCCAUGGGGGUUGACGUGAGCGCUAUUGCCUCAGGGCGAUGGGGAACUGUUUUAGCGGAUGUGAGGGCCGUUCGAGAGGCCUUUCGGGGACUUCGGAUGAUGUUGGGAACUUUGAACGGCUCGUGGAAAAUAGUGCUUCAUCAGAUGAAAAAAGAAGCUUCCUUAUUCGGUUGUUUGGAAAGCGAAAAGACAAAAAGAGAUCGGUCCUUCGAUUGGUCGAUGGUCUGCGGAUGGCACCACCAUUGGGAUAUGGCAGGCUUUCUGAAUCCCAGCAACUCUCUUCCCUUGCGUAAGUGUUACCAACUAAAACAUCUCCAAAUGUUUUCUAUCCCACGUCAUUUUUCGCGCAGAUCUUCUAGCAGCAAAGACAUCCAACUCCAAUGCCUCGACGUCCGCGCCCUCCUUCACAGGAACUCCCUUUCCACCGUCGGCAGCAGCAGCUUAGACUUAGAAUGGGAUAACGAGACGUUGCCCGAAUCGGUGAUGGUCGCCCGCGAUCCGUCCUGGAGCUCAUGGACCACACUCCACGAGGAUCUCUCCGGCCUACCGGGCCGCAAAUCCGGCAUCAGAUGCAGGUCGAACGCGGAUUCCGAUCGCUCGGGAGUGUCCUCGUCGUCGGCCGAUUCGCUCGAAUGGGACGACGUCCAGCAGUCCCUGGAGAACGUCGAUGCCGUCACCACCGAGUUGGACUCCGAGACGCGGACGUUGUUGGUGGAAAUCGAACGGUUGACGAACAGGACGCUCGAAGAGACUGGUAGAGGUUUGAUGGGUUGUUGAUUCGAAAUUCCAUUGACAACGACGCGAGUCCUAAAUUUACGUGGGUAUUCAAGUACAAAUAGUAUACUAGUACUGGACAUAAAUGAGAAGGCUUUAUAAUGCUUAUAA